AUGGCUCUCCCCAGCUGUGCUCCUGGCCACGUCCCAGCCCCGCCAGACGAAGGAGCCGGGCUUGGGACGGGUGUGCAGGGUCACCAGCAGAGUGGGGGAAGCAUCGCGGCUUUCAAUUGUACUGUCAUCAACAGCAUCUACUGCAGAGAGUGCCGGAAACCCAUCUGCUGCAUCUGUGCCCUGCUGGACAGCCGGCACGCGGGCAAGCACUGCGAGAUCACGGAGGAAAUCCAGCGGAGGCAGCGGGAGCUCGGCAGUGGGAGAGAGCAGCUGAAGAAGAGGGAGGGACUCUUCCAAGAUGCCUACAGAAACCUGAAGAGCAAGGCUGAGGACAUGGACCUGGAGCUGCUGGAGCAGGUGGAGAGGCGGCAUGGCCUGGGGAAGGAGGAGCUGGAGGGGAAACUGAGGCAGACGGAAGCCGUGCUCACAAGGAUGGGGGCCGGCGAGCAGCUGGUGGAGAAGAUGCAUCUCUACGCGUCGGACCAGGAGGUGAUGGACAUGCACCCCCUCAUCAAGGGCUCACUGGAGGAGCUCAGCAAUCUGCAGCCCCCGGCGGCGGGAGCCAGUGUCCGGGCUGGGGACUUUGCCGAGUGCAAAGCCAGACUCCAAGCUCUGUUUGCAAGAGUGACCGGGGAGAGAGAAGCUGCUCCGGCGAGAUCCACAGAUACCUCCAGCAAGGCCCCUUCGCUGCCUCUCCCCACGAAGAGGAAAGGAGUCCAGACGGAGCCCCCUGCCAAGAUGAUUAAGACAGAAGCUGAUGUAGGGGAAGGGGAGCAGUCGGCCAGCAAGCACCAGCAAGGUUUGCUGGAACAGCCUGGGACCAGCUGCUCAGCAGCAAGCAGCUCUUUCGGUGUGACCCACUUCAGAGCAGCCAAGGAAGCGGACUUGCUGAGGAACAACAUCCAUGAGCUAUGUGAGCCAGAUGAUUCCACAAGUUGUUUGGACAGCUCUGAAGGGGAUGACAGCGAUGCAGAGUCAGCGGACUCCAGUCUGCUGGAUGACAUCAACAGCUUCAGUUGUGGGAGCAGCGAGGGAGACCUCCCGGCCUUUGCUGCCAGCAGCCCGCGGGCGCUCGACACCAGACAAGCCUCCCUGCUCUUCUUUGACCUCCAGUUCUUGCAAGCAAACAGGAUCCUGCAGCUGGCCGUGGUGGAUCCAGCCGAUGGCCUCUUUGCCUGACUUGAUCUC